CACUGGCGAACAUUUGUUCCAGGUUUGAGAGCCCCUCAAAGACGUCAAAACAGGAGGGAGAAAAAAAACAAGAUGGCGUUUGAUAGAGAAUACGUUAUUGUGGUUAUUAACGAUCUUAAUCUGUGCGUACAUAUACACAUGUAUGUCGUUUAAUAGAGUACGCGCCGUUUUAUUUUCGGAUACAUUAGUCUAAGGGCACUUUGAAGCUCCUUGUGCUAGCUUAGGUUGCUAGUUAGCUUAGCUUGUUAGCUGCUAACAAAGAGACGUGGACGUUAUCAACACACCGCGAAGCAGAGAUCAAGUGUGAGUGUUAAGUGUUGUGAUUGUGUGAAAAUGUGCGAAAGAACGAUCGCCGAGUACGAGGAGGAACUUUGUCCUACAAAAGAGGAGAAGGAGCGACAACGUCAACUACUGGACGCUGUUUUUAAGAAACAUCAAGUUGUGUUACACAGAAGAGACGUCCGUGAAGAACAUCUUCUCCGUGAACAGCAGGAGUGGUCCGCCAGGAUGGAGCCGGAGGAGCCACAUUCCCCUCAUGUUGAAGAGGAAAGGGGGGAGCCACACUCUCCUCACAUUAAAGAGGAAGAGGAGGAACACAGCAUCAGUCAGGAGGGAGAGCAUAUUGAAUGGUUGGAGGAGUUCCCAGUGAUUGGUGUGAUUGUGAAGAGUGAAGAUGAUAAGCUCAAAGGUGAAAGCAGCAGCUCAAUCCAACACAUGGCAACAGAAACUGAUGGAGACCACUGUGGAGGAUCACAAGCAGACGAGAUCUUUGGUCCACUAUUAACGUCACACUCUCCUGACACUGAUGAAGAAGACUCUAAAGCCGAUAAGACAUGUCACACUGACAACACACGCUGGACUUGUCCUCACUGUGACAAAACUUUUAAUCACCGUAGUAGUUUGGAAAUACACAUGAGAACACACACUGGAGAAAAACCUUUUUCCUGUUCAAUCUGCGGGGUGUGUUUUACACAGAAUGGACGUUUGAAAGUGCACAUGAGAAUACACACUGGAGAUAAACCUUUUUCAUGUUCAAGCUGUGGCAAAGGUUUUAUACAAAAUACCGAUUUGGAAGUACACAUGAGAAUACACACCGGAGACAAACCAUUCAUGUGCUUAUUUUGUUGUAAACAAUUUUCUCAGAAGGCAAAUCUGAUAAUGCACACAAGAAUACACACUGGUGAAAAACCCUAUAUUUGUCCAAUAUGCUUCAAAGGUUUUACACAAAGUCAACACUUGAAACGACACACAAAGACACACAAGUGAGAAACUAUACAGUUGUAGUGUGUGUUGUGAAAAAGGUUGGGAAUCGAUAAGAUUUUUCCGAUUCCACUUUCGAUUCUGCUUAACGAUUCGGUUCUCUUAUCAAUUAUUUUUUUAGAAAAAGGAUAACAAAUGGAUGGAUUAGCAUGAAAUGUGUUUAGAGCUAACAUGACCUUAGAAAGCCAACAGCGAGGUCUGAGUAGGUACGUAGCAUAGAAAAACAAAACUUUUAAAAAUAACAUUUCAAAAAUGUGUGGAAAUACAGAAGAAUGUAACAUGUUAUAUAAAAAAAAAAUACUUUCAAGAAUCUUCUGUCAUCUACCUAGAAAAUAUACCGUGCCAAGGUUUGUUUAGACUUACAAGGUGAAACUAAUAUGACACAUAACAUACAACAUGAGGUAUUUCAAAUAUUUUGAUAUUUUGUUUAUUGCUCACAGCUUAUGAAAACGUUGAAUUUAAAAAUAUCAGAAAAUGUGGUGGGUUUUUUAAAACUUUAAGCCAUAAUUGUCAAAGUUAUAUUAAAUAAACACUUCUUACUAUGGUAUAUUAUUUAUUUGUUCACUGUUCUGUUACAGAGAACAAGGAAAUUGGAUAGAUUUGCUAUGGUAUGAAAAGGGGUAGGAUUAAAUAAGCUCUGCUUCUUACUACUCCUUUUCGGACAUGCUGUAAUGAAACAACUGGAAUUGUGUGAUGCAUGUUCGAAAUUAACUGAAACUGAACUGAACUGAACUUGUUAUACGUCACUUUGCAAGUAAUGAGUUAAUAUGACAUUAGUUUCACAUUUGGAGUUAAUUUCUGACAUGAAUGGACUUAUACACCAUAUUCUAAUUUCAUAAGUUCCACCUCUAUGAUGAAAAUGUGGUGGGAGGAAAACAGGCAAAUUUCUUCGACUACACUUGAACGUUCACCUACCAAAGGACCAGCAUCUAUGUGGAAAAUACCUGCAAGCUUUUGACCACAAACUUAGUCACUUCUCUGUGACAUUGGUCGUUCCUAGCCGAGUGGUACUCUUCCCUGCCGCGGUGAAAGCUAGCAGCAGAUGUAAACCUGAGCUAUUACUGCCCGCCUCAAAAUCAUUUGGAGUAUGUUUCACUUAAGAAUACGGCAUUUAUUUCAGGUUAUAGCGCUAAUAUUAUCGGCGGUAUUAGUACCUGUUGUAUUUACGUCAGAAACGCGACAUUCAUUGCAUGCUGUGUGUUCAAAUGCUUCAGUAUAUUGCUCGUAUGUUCUCCUCCUGAUUAACUAGCAGCCUUAUAAAUAUUACAAGUAGCGCCGUUGCUGUCUUUUUUAGUCUAAUAUCGACAAAACUUUUUCCGCCCGGCCACAGCCAUGUUGUUGUUGUCACUACGCACGUUGUGUAAUGACAUCUCCCACCCAGAUGAACCGUUAAGAGAAUCACGAGACAAACUGGCAAGCGAUUCCGUGGAAUUGAUACACUGGGAAUCGGUUCUGAACAAGAACACGUUUUUUGAUUCCCAUCCCAGGUGGUAAAAGAUCCUCUUAUAAGUACUAGUGUAAGAAACACAAUUGUGCUGGUGAGAACAGCAGCAGCAAAUGAAGCUGCAGGAUUUGAAAUCAAUUGUCAAAAACUUUGAUCACUUUGAAUCUCUAACAACAUCAUUACAUAUAACAUGUGUGACAUCAGUGUUGUGUCUGUAACGCAUACUUGUUAAUAUGCUUCUACCUUUUAUAGAUUAGUUUUUUUCAAUUAGUAGGGUUAUUUUAGUCAAGUAUGUGUAUUAAUAUACAACAUUGUGUACAUAUACUUAAAACCGUUACCUGUAAAAGGUGUUAGCUAAAGCUUCAGUCUCUUGUGUCUACAUGUUGUCAUUCAUUUUCAAAAUAAAAACAUUAUAAAUUA